CACUUGUGUAGCACGCCUCGUCGGUAUCACGGCAGCAGCCGGCCUAGUCCUGCAAAUCGCACCCGUGGUUGGGUUCACCGCGACCGGACGAGCAGAGAACCCAAACGGGUCAGCAACACCGGCGACGCACCAAUAACCCACUCCCGGCGAAGCCAACCACAAAAUUGACCCUUCCUCCAAUGGCGUGCGCGUGCUCCCCCGAACCCCGGCUCAUCGCAAGCGCGUGAUUCAUUCCGCGCAACCUCCAUUCCACGGCGUCGGUGCGGUGUUCCCUCUCCAGUCCGCCUCUCCCCCUCUGUCUCUCUCGUGUUGUUUAUUCUUGCACCCCGAGACGGACGGCAGGAGGAGGAGGAGAGCACCGUCCAACUCCCAGCCAGCGCCGGCCAGUUCCUUCCUCGCCGCCGUUCCGCGGGUGAUUCCCGGAGCCUGAGUUGCCGAGCUGCAGGUCCGGUUCGUCUUCUUCUCCUGGUUGAGCCUCAGUAAGUUGAAGACAACAUGUUUCGUAGGAAGCACGCUUCUCAUUUCAAUUCAGAUGAUGCUGAGCAGCGACAAGCAAAGAUCAACGAACUGAGAGCUGCACUUGGGCCUAUGUCUGCCCGUGGCGAAAAGUACUGCAGUGAAGCAUGCUUGGCAAGGUAUCUCGAAGCCCGCAACUGGAAUGUCGACAAGUCUAGGAAAAUGUUGGAAGAAAGUCUCAAGUGGAGGGCACUUAGCAGGCCUGAGGAUAUUCGCUGGCCUGAUGUUUCUGUGGAAGCAGAAACAGGUAAAAUGUACAGGGCAACUUUCACCGAUAGAGAAGGGAGAACUGUCGUUAUUAUGAGACCUGCAAAGCAGAAUACAUCGUCUCAUGAAGGCCAGUUGCGGUAUCUUAUAUACACCCUGGAGAAUGCAGUUCUCAGCCUGCCUCAGGGUCUAGACAAAAUGGUGUGGUUGAUAGACUUCACAGGAUGGACACUGGCCAAUGCAACCCCCAUAAAGACUGCCAGAGACAGUGCGAAUAUCCUGCAAAACCAUUACCCUGAGAGGCUCUCUGUUGCGUUUUUGUUCAAUCCCCCCAAAGUAUUUGAGGCUUUCUUUAAGGUUAUCAAAGUAUUCCUUGACCCGAAAUCAAUCCAGAAAGUCAACUUUGUGUACAAGGACAACGAGGAGAGUAUGAAGACAAUGUACAAGCACAUUGAUCCAGAAGUCCUUCCGGUGGAGUUUGGAGGGAAGAACAUUGUGGUGUACAACCAUGAGGAUUACUCCAAGUUGAUGACAAAGGAUGACAUCAAAACAGCAAGCUUUUGGGCGGCAGACGGUAGCCAUAUGCCGUAAAUGGGGGCUCGGUGCCUCAGGUCAUACCGCAGUCCUCACCAAUUGUUGCUAAAGCAAGUUGAGGAACAUCGGCCAGCCAUCUCACCUGUUAUUGCAAAAGUAAGUUGAGGAGCUUCAGCGAGCCAAUGUGACGGUUCACAGCUCUAAAAGAGGAAUAUAUAUAUAUAUAUAUAUAUAUAUAUAUAUAUAUAUAUAUAUAUAUAUAUAUAUAUAUAUAUAUAUAUAUAACUGCAGAAUAUCUCGCUUGUGAUGUUACAAAAAUAGUUAUUACUAGUAUAUCCCCAAACAAGUGAUCUCACAACAGUUCCAUAUUCCCUUGGCCAACAAUUUCAAACACCAAAGAAUAAUUCACCUAUUAUUUAGCUGUCUUCCAUCUGUAUUUUAUUAUACACUUAAAUUUGUAAUAUGCAGCUGCCAUUUCAGGAAUAUUAAUUUAAUUUGUUUUUUACCAUUUCCCCAAGUAA